AUGGAGGAGAAGGAGCGAUGUAGGAGCAGGUCUCCUGCCCGGCGGGCCAGCCGGGUGCAGCAGGUGGUGGGAACCAUAAUACGACGCACCCGGGAGUCGCUGAGCAGAGAGCGGUUGCUAGGCGAUGGGAGGUCACAGCGCUCCAACAGCCUGUCCAAUCAGAACUUCCAGGCCAAACUGACGCUGCAGAUCACCAGAGACCCAGUCCUGGACAGUAGCACUGGACACGGCUUCUCCCUCACCACAAACGCACCCCUGCUGGUCAGGGACAUUGCCCCAGGAAGCCCUGCUGACGGGAUACUGUAUCCAGGAGAUCAGGUUCUGCAGAUCAAUGAAUCCGUACUGGAGGAUACCACUGCAGAACAAGUGGAAACUGUCAUGAGGAACUUGGACGAUUGCAUCAACGUGACUAUCCUACGGCACAUGACAAAUCCCAAGUCAUCCAUUAUGUCAGCAGAGAAGAGAGCUCGUCUGAGAAGUAAUCCAGUUAAAGUGCGCUUUGCUGAGGAGGUGGUGGUCAAUGGGCACACUCAGGGAAACUCUCUUCUCUUCUUGCCCAAUGUCCUGAAAGUCUAUCUUGAGAACGGGCAGACCAAAGCAUUCAAGUUCGACAAUACCACCGCUGUCAAGGAUAUUGUUCUGACUCUGAAGGAUAAACUGUCCAUCCGGGCUAUAGAGUACUUUGCUCUGGUGCUAGAGCAACAGUACAGCAUCACCAAACUACUGCUACUGCAUGAAGAUGAGCUCAUACAGAAGGUGGUGCAGAAAAAAGACUCACAUGAUUACAGAUGUCUGUUCAGGGUCUGUUUCAUCCCCAGAGACCCCAUGGACCUGAUGCAGGAUGACCCCUCGACCUUUGAGUACCUCUUUUUGCAGAGUGUUGGGGACGUGCUGCAGGAGCGUUUUGCGGUGGAGAUGAAGUGUAACACCGCGCUGCGUCUGGCCGCCCUGCACAUGCACGAGAGGCUAGACAGUUGUGGACAGACCAGGGCGUCUAUCAAGAGCAUUACAAAGGAGUUUGGCUUGGAAAGCUUCAUCUCCCCCACACUGCUGAGCAAUAUGAGGGAGAAGGACCUAAGGAAAGCCAUCAGUUACCACCUCAAAAAGAUCCAGGCCCUGCUAGAGCCACGCCAGAAGGUAAUAUCGGCUAAACAGGCACGAUUGGCCUACCUCACUCAGCUUGGAGAGCUGAUUUCAUACGGGGGGCGCUCUUACACAGCUACCAUGAUGCUUCAGGACAGAGAAGUGUUAGUCAGCCUGCUAGUUGGAGCAAAGUAUGGAAUGAGCCAAGUCAUCAACCACAAGCUCAACGUGAUCUCUACGCUGGUUGAGUUCAGCAGCAUCAGUCGAGUGGAGCUGCUCUCUGAGUCGGACAAAGUCAGCCUGCUGCGCAUCUCACUCCAUGACAUGAAGCCAUUUGCCUUACUGAUGGACUCUCUGGCAGCCAAAGACUUAGGGUGUCUGCUGGGAGGCUACUGCAAACUCCUGGUGGAUCCAAGUGUUAAUGUCUUCCGUCUGGGGCGCCCGAAAGUGAGGGUGCACCGGAUCCCUGCUGAAGAAGGUGUGUGUGGGAAGUUCGCCGUUGUAGAGGGCGUGUGCUAUGAAUCCCUAUCAAGUUAUGUAUCUCGCUGCUGCAGUGACUCAGAUGACUCUACGGAUGACGAUGACCCGAUGGAUUCUCAGAAUUACAAACGCCCCGAUCCAGCAAGUCAGGACUGGGAAGAAAGGAGGAGAGAGGAGGAAGAGAAGAGGAGGGAGGAGGAAAGGUUAGAGAGAGAAGAGCAGAAAGGCAAACAGGAAGUGAAGAUAAUUGUGACAACAGAAGGUAAGGAAAAUGAUGGUGAAGAGGAAGAAGGAGCCACAGGAAGCGGUCUGCGUAAAUUCGGUGUUAUGGAUGAAGAAAUGAACUUGGAGACCAGAUGGUACCACACUGACCCACGGGUCACCAGCAGCUUCUCCAGCUUGUCCAGCGGUUCCUUGAGUGCUGCCCUGGAGGAGAGCAGUUCCGCAGCACAGGGCUCGUCUCGCAAGGACGCUCUUCGUGGGCCGCGGACAGAAGAAGAUCUUCCAAGCUUGGAUGUUCAUCAUCCCUACCUCCUGGAGCCCAAACGGCACAAAGGGCCUGUACGGCCCACUAACCUGAAUUAUCGUGGCAAUAACAACUCUUGCCUCUGCUUUUCUGACCUCUCCAAGGCUGAUUUUCUGCCAAGCCCACCUGGGGCUACAAGUGAUGAUGAUGAUGAGGAGGAUGAUGAUCUGGGAGUUGAAGAGCUCCGGCGUAUUUCUAAGAUUCCUAGUUCAAGAGAUUUGAGAAUGAUUGACAGCACACCUUUUGAAAGAUCACCUGUUAAAAGAAAGAAAAAAGUCCCCCCAAAAGUCCCUCUAAGGACAAGUUCAAUUCCUGCUAACAAAGCAGGACAGGCUGAACAUCGCCUGUCUAAGGAUGAUGAAGGUUUAUUUCUGACUCCUUCACCUAACCCCAAACCAGCGCUAUUGGUCAAAGACAACAUCUCAGAGUCAGAUGAUGAGUUUUUCGAUGCACAUGAGAGAUUCACUCCUCCUGUUCCUGAGCUAUCAGAUGCUGAGUUGGCGGACCAGCGGAAUGCCAAUCGUUUGAGUGGAACUUGGAAUAGUCUACCAGCCUUCCCUGGAAAAGAACCAUCAUCACCUAAUACCAAAAAAGACAACUGUAAAAUCAAGAAGGAAUCUGCGACUGUAAAAGGUCCCACAAAGGAACUCAUCAGCCAACAACACAGUCCUUCAAGACAAAUCCAGAAACAUGAAGGAAAGAUGAAACCACCUCUAGCACCAAAACCCCAGGUGCCUCCCAAACCUCAGAUCAUCCCUCCCAAGUCACCUCAGCAUGGAAGAUCAUAUGUUCAGUGCAACGGGGAUGCCUCAGGACACUUGUCUUCUGAACUCCUGGAAAUGGAGCCAGAAACUAUGGAGUUCAAGUCUGUCACAUCUGGUGGAUUGCCACUUUCAUCAUCACUGAUCACAGCAGUGCGGUGUGGCAAGCAGCCACUUACAAUCACGAAUCCAAAAGCUGAGGAGAAGACAAAAAGACAAGAAAGCGGUCCAAAGCAAAAUAAUGAUCUGGUGUGUGAAAAUGGGACAAACAUUGUUUUGAAGAACAAAGCGUACAUUCCGAAUGACAAGGAACCUCCUAAGGUUGAGGGGAAAAACAAUGGAACUGACCCUGCAAAAAAAACAACAGGCUUGUCCUCUAUCCCUCGCUCGAAUUCAGGGACAAAACUAGCUGUUCCUCCCCCUGUGCCCCCCAAACCCACUGGUCCCAUCAGCCUCCACCCAUUAUCGCUACCUGGUAGUUCCCCUGUCUCCCCUACUGAUCCAAGCAAAGGGAUCUUUAAAGACACACCCAGUCCACCAAAUGGAAUCCACCCUUGGGGUAGUCGUAAUGGCAGCAUCCAGUCAGGACCUAGGAGAGUCUCUCUGAGCCACGAGAGCCUAUCGCCAAAAAAUUCGGAUGCACCUCUCACAAUUACCACCUCACUUACCUCAACCAACUCUAAAGAUGUUGUAGCCCUAGAGAGUAGAGAACCUGGAAAAUCUGGUUCGGGGUCUGACCUGAGGACUAGCUCUUCCAGCUUGGGAGGCAGACUGCCUGCUUCUGCCUUAAGAGGGAAGAUCCAGUCUUUGCCUUGGUAUAUGACUCGUUCCCAGGAGAUUCUAGGUACUCUAGACUAUCCUUCCACAAGUUCCAUAAAUGGAGACACAUCUGGCUUCGGCUCUGGUUUGUCUGUAGCAAGUGGUUUGUCAGACUUAAACAGAACCCCUGUCAAAGACAAAGAAAUGGUGGCCUUGAAAUCAGAAAGUAAAGGGUGCAUUCUAGAUGAUGGAGCUGAAGUUGUUAUUGCAACCAUCAAAGAGGUCAAAGAAGUGAGCUCACAUAUGAAAAAAGCCAAUGGGACCAAUGGCUCCCACCCUAAUCUUUCUUUAAAAGAAAACUGUGCAUACGGUGGUAGUGUUUCAUCAGAGCAGCCUCAGUCACGGCCUCAUUCAGCCGUCGGGUUUGGGGGGGUGUCGAGCAUGCAGAUUGGAGGGGACUCGCCGACAUCCUCGGCAGCAGACACUACGCCGCCACAACAACACAGGGAUGCUUGCGGCUGCCGCACCGUCUAUGCCAAUUGUUUCAGUGGAGACCCCGAGGAUGGCGUUAGUUUUGACGAGGAGCUCACGGUUUAUGAGUUUUCUCGACGCGUACGCCCCAAACCUGCCAGGCCCGCACCCAUACCUUCCCCAACAUCCCCCUCUCCGAAACCCAACAUUCUGUCAUUGUUGAGGGACAACCCUCGUCCACUGUCUACUUUCUCUACUGCUUCCUCUGAACUAAGUCCUCUAGUUUCAUGCCCUGUUUCCCCAACAACAUCCCUUGGUGGUUCUAUUCGCUCCCUAACAAACAAGAACUAUGGAGGGCUGAAAGGAGGUUUUGCUUCUCUGCGUCAAGAUAUAGAUCAGCUUCUUCUGGUGUUGGAGAGAGGAGCCCUUGAGCAGCCACAACAGUAUUCAAAAUCUGAUAGCGCCGACCUAAAAGUGGGGCCGGAUCUGAAUCACAAUGGUGUUGAAGACAACAUUAACCCUGCACCAAUCCUCAGCUGCUCUGGGAUGAGCUCUGCCACCAUGACAGAGGCUGAGAGGACCCUUCUCCAGGCAGAGGCUCGCAGGUUGGCAUCUGGGUGUCAGCGGGCCACGCGGGUCGGCUGGGCACCCGACGAGGCACUUCGUUCUUUGUCCAAUAGCUUCAGUGCUCUGGUUCAGCUCUCAGCAGCAUGCCUGCAAACAAGUCCCUGUCCCGGAUGUGACAUCUGCCAUAAAGCUAGUCUGGUUCACAGGGACGAUCCCGAUGAUGAGCAGGCCAUGGACAAAUUAAAGGAGAUCGUGGGCCUAUACCGGGAAUUUGUUGGGGCUGUUGAGACAGCCGGGACUGGUGGGGUGGCGGGUAAGAGUAUGGCGGUCAGUGGGUCUCCACAGGGUCAGGGAGAGGUCGACGGGGUGAGAAUGCUAGCUAAACGCUGCACGGUGCUCAUCUCGUCCGUAUUCGCUCUGACGCAACUCUUCCGGACACGCACACCAGAGGCCACAGACACGCCUGGCCACGUACCUCUUAACUUUUGA